AAAAAAGAAAUAAUAUUAAUUAUAAGACGCGCGGUUGAAUAUUUUGAUGAGAUAUUCGUUAAAGAAUUUUGGCGUAAACAUUGACAGGUGAAAGAAGAUAGAAUUAUAAACGGGGGGGGGGAAAGAGGGGAUAUAUAAGUAAAUGUCGGGUUGAGUUUGCGCGAUUAUCUUUAAGGUUACGACCUAGGACGCGCAAUAUUGAGUGGGGUGGGGUUGGAUAAAAUAAAAUGGUGGGAUGGGGAAACGCGCAAGCACCAGGGCGGGGGUAAACGAGCGCGCCACUUCGUGCUGGGACGCCGGCUUGAGUGCAUUGUAUUUAUACGUCGGGCCUUUAUUUUAACUAGUAUUUUUUUUCUUUUUUCUUUUUCCGUUUUCAAAACAAAAUAUUAUUUAGAUCGAUAUCGUAAUAUAUAUAAUCAUGUCGGUUGUAUACAAAAAUACAAUUAAAGCUGUUGGAAAGUACGUGCCUGAAAAAUUUCAACCAUUUUGGAAUCAUCCAGCCGGACCACAGACCAUAUUUUUCUGGGCACCGGCUGUUAAAUGGGGACUAGUGAUAGCAGGUUUAGGCGACUUGCAAAGGCCAGCAGAUAAAAUCUCCAUUGGGCAGUCUGCCUCAUUGGCCCUUACCGGAGCCAUUUGGACGAGAUAUUCUUUGGCUAUAAUACCAAAAAAUUGGAGUCUAUUCAGCGUUAACUUUUUUGUCGCGUGUACAGCACUUUAUCAAAUUUCCAGAGACAUCAACGAGAACAAGCGGCUUUAGCGAGCAAUCAAUCGUCGAAAAGCAGCUAGUUAAAAAUUAUCGUAAUACUGCAUUCCUAGAAGAAUAUAUGACGAGCGUGUUGGGUGACAACGAUUAUCAAAAGAUUAAAAGUUAAGAAAGGAUUGAAUUUAUCAUUUAUUAUAUAACGUAUACAAAAAUGCUCGUGUUGUAUUAAAUUAAUAUUCAAACGAAUAUUUGUAAAUCGUAUUGACAAAUUCGUAUGAAUAUAUAUAUUUAGGGUGAUAAUUCAAUUUCAUUACGUUAUUUCGUUAGAUGCUUUCGUUAAUCAAUGAAAGCAUUUACGAAAUAGACUUGCGACGAUUUAUCGAUAAUUAAUUAGCCAUAUAUGCGCAUACAUAUACCGAAUGCAUGCAGUGCAUGCAGAUGAAUGGUACAAAUCGGACCAUGUUAGACUUAUCGACGCGUCGACCACUGUUGGUAAUAGUAGCAUAAAUUAUAUAAUAUGAGAAUAAGUAUAUCUACGUUUCUAACAACAGGGACGUCUAUAAAAAAAGAAAAAA